AUGGAGACGGAUGUCGCGAGUAGAUAUUGGCUGGGCCGGGUUCUGUUUGAUGGUAGUUUGACGGACGUAACUGUGUUUUCCGCUCAGAUGACUGGCGCUCUACCAAGCGCUCCUCCAAUGUAUGCACCUCCUGGAUAUCCCUCGGCUCCAUCUCAAGUAAUGCAUCCUCCACCUCAAGGAACGCUUCCUCCUCAAGAAAUGUGUGCUCCACAUCCAGGAAUGCUUCCUCCUCAAAAAAUGUGGGAUCCACAUCCAGGAAUGCUUCCUCCUCAAGAAAUGUGGGAUCCACAUCCAGGAAUGCUUCCUCCUCAACAAAUGUGUGUUCCACAUCCAGGAAUGUUUCCUCCUCCCCCGCCAUCGUACGACGAAGCCAUGAUGAGCCCGCAAGUCUACCCACAGAGCGCUUAUCCGGCCCAUCCGCAAAUGUACCAGCAGCAUCCAUAUGGUCAAAUGGCAGUGCCUCAGCAAGGAAAAAGUACAGGUGGUGUCGUCACUGUGCCUAACGCGUUCAAUGCCGGUGCUCGAUUCGACUCCAGGAAUCCACCGUCGAUUCCGCCGCCACCACCAGGUUGUCCGCCGAAUGCCGCACAACUCGCCGCCAUGGGCGGUCACGCGGUAGUUGCGACCAGGAAGUCCAACAACAUCUGGGGCGGAGGCGCAGGAGGAGGAGCAGUGUUUUGGUGAGCCCAUAUCUACCAUACACUUUCCGUUACGGAACGAAAAGCUAGCUGUGCAUCAAGGGGAUUGAAAACUUAUCCAAGAAUUCCAGUUUGUGGAAGUUUAGAAUGAAUGUCGAUCCAAAGAAAGGAUACAGAAUAGUUUUAUCCGUUACGGUGUCUGUGAUGGAGAUUGCGAUAUCAUGUUGUGCUAUUGUCUGUGCUUCUAUCGAUGGGCGGGUGUUUGCUUAUCUCGCAGUUGGCUCGGAUUGCGUCAUUUCUAUGAGGACGGGAUAAAAGAGGGAAAUACAGUAAUCUGUUUGACGAUAAGUUUCUCAUAAACUUGGAUCAUUUAUAAGUCUGCGGUACUGCUUGAAAUAAUCUGUACAGGAAGAGUUUUAAAUUAAGGUCAGAUAUGUGCUCAGAAACUUGCUGUGUAAUGAGAAAUUAUAUUGCAUGUUGUGAAUUUUCCUUUCUUUUUUGUUAUGACGAAUUUUCUCAUUGUGGUUACGUUAUGGGUUGCAUUCCAAUUUUUCCUCGAAUUCCGCAUGUUACAAUAGUCAUUAACUCUUCUAUGUUUGCUUGGAUUUCUGGUGAAAUUAUGAAAUAAUGGGUACAAGUUCGUUUGCAUAUUUACUGAUUUAAAAUUUAUUUUCUAUAUUCUAAACGUACCUACGGAUCAUUCUGAUGCAUAACAGCGCGUUUCAUGCAUCUUUCUAUAAUCACAGAGAAUGUCGAUUUUUCAACUAGAUACCCUGUGUGAAUACCUGUUUCUCUCGUUGCUUAUUAGAAGAAGGUUUUUUUUUACACGGUGUGUGUAAAUUGUAAAAGGAAUUUUACUUUCAAAACCCGGCAUGAAAUAAAGAAUUCGAUUCAAUCAAA